AGAGCAGCCAGUUUGAAUAUUUAUAAACACAAAACGUGAGGCUGCUUGCUGAGUGAAUAGUGGGGGGAACCUGAGACUUAAUCUGGAUGGAACCGACGGGUCUACGGGACGUUUUCAAAUGUAUAACACGAUCCAUUGCAGCAAUGGAGGAUGUUGGUCUCCUUCCCAAACCCACCAAUGAGCUCCCUGUUCACAGAGCCACCACUGUCUCUGAGACUUUUGGGUUGCACCACUUUCCCUCAGAGCAUCUGCACGUCACUGGUACAAGCAGGAAAUCUGACAUGCACAGAGAUGGAUCCGCCAGGAAAAUGUCCAACUCAGAAACCACAGCAGAGCCACAGACGAUCCCCAGGUUUCUGUCUCAGAGUACAGCUCCUCCCGGUGCCGGCAGAACAUUCCUGAAAACAGCUGCUACAAAUGGAAACACUAAUCUGGAUAAGAACGGUGCUGACAGGAAAAAGGCUAAAGUUGCAGAUCCUACAAAGUGGAAGCAAAACAAACAGAAGCAGCUGAGGAUGGAGGGCAAAAUGUACGCGAGCAAACGCAAGAAAGACGGCGAGAUCGUCACAAAGCAGCCGAGAACAGUGGGACCCAGGUGCACCUCCAGCGUGUGCAAAAAGGCUUUUAACCGCCUUUGUGAUGAAAUCGACGAAGAUGUCAGGAAAAAACUCUUCGAUGAGUUCUGGCACGGUAUGAACUGGCCUCAGAGGAAACUGUACGUUUCAGGACAAGUUGACUGCGACCCGGUGGAAAGAUCUCGAGCUGUGGGACCCCGGUCCAGACGGUCGGUUUCACUGCGUUAUCACCUGCUGGUGGACGGCAAAAGGAAACAAGUGUGUAAGAACAUGUUCCUGUCCACUCUGGGGAUCAGAGAGUGGUCCGUGCUCAACUGGGCACAGAAAGGAGCAACAAAGAAGAACAAACUGAACGCUGUGACCCAGUGUCCACAACAGAGCCCUACGUCCUCUCCAGUGUGCUAUACAGUCCAAGUGACACUGGAACCGGCGAGUCCCACUGAACCGGAGGGCCCGGCAAGAAAGAAAUCGAGGGUCGCCAAGCCGCUAACAUGGAAACAAAACCGACAGAAGCAGCUCAGGAUGGAGGGAAAAUCGUACAUCAGCAAACGAAAGAAAGACGGCGAGACUGUCACUAAAGCUCAGAGGACAAUCGGAGCGAGAUGCACCUCCGGCGCCUGCAGGAGGGCAUCGAACCGCUUCUGUGCGGACUUCAGUGAAGAAGCCAGGGACGUGUUGUUCACCCGUUUCUGGCAGUGUAUGAACUGGGCUCAGAGAAAGAUCUACGUGUCCGGGUUAGUCGACUGUGACCCAGUGGAACGGACACGAGCUCCUUUGACUAAAUCCAGAAGAUCAGUUUCAAUGCGGUAUCACUUGAUGGUCGACGGUGACAGAAGACAAGUCUGCAAAAAGAUGUUCCUCGCCACUCUGGGGAUUGGAGAGUGGUCGGUGCUUAACUGGGCGCAAAAUUCAUCCGAGCCGGACAAUCUAGAUGAAAACACCAAGAAGCAAACACAGAGGACGUCCCGGAAAGCUUCGGAGCAUCGUUUUCUCAACCAGUUCUUGGAGAGUUUGCCGAAAGCGCCCUCGUACUGCUGCGGGGCGUCCGCCUCCAAGCUGUACCUGGAGCCGGUCUUCUCAAACAUGUCCGAGGUCUACAGGCACUACUACAACCACUGCCUGGAGGAAAAGACGACGCCACUCUCUCGUCAGGUUUUCUGUUCUGUGUUUAAAAAGAUGGACUUAGGACUGUGUGACCCCAAAAAGUAUCAGGGGUGUACUUUCAGUGUAGCUGGGGAUUUAUUUAAUGAGCCCUGGGAGGAGUUCUGCAUGGAACGAGGAGCUCCAAAUCCACAGCUGGAGAAAGAGAGUGGAUUUAAGGACAACAGAGCUCUAUGUUGAAGUAAACUGCUGAGUAUUAUUCUUCUCUUCACAACAUGAUCGACUUUGACUUUGCCAAAAUGACCGAUUUCACAUUUCAUUCAAAUCCUGGCAUGCACACACUGGUCGCUUCUUCCAGGCGCAGGCUAUAGCUGAAGCACAUUAAAGUGCUGUUGUGUCACUUCAGAGGAACGUCUUAAGCACUACAGUAAUUUUUUGUUGUUGUUGAAAUUGUUGUUAAAGGUUAUAAUGCUCCUUAAAAACAAAGUUCCCUCAA